CCUCUCCGCCAAUGGCGGGAGUCUUUGUUGUUCCGGCUCCGCCCAGGCCAGGAGCUCACGCCGGAAGAUGGCGGCAGCAGCUGAGUUGACGCUGCUUGAGAAAUCCCUGGGACUGAGUAAAGGGAAUAAAUACAGUGCCCAUGGCGAGCGCCAGAUUCCAGUUCUUCAAACAAACAAUGGUCCAACUCUUACAGGGCUGACUACGAUAGCAGCUCAUCUAGUCAAGCAAGCCAACAAAGACUAUUUGCUUGGGAGCAAUGCGGAAGAACAAGCAGUUGUUCAGCAGUGGUUAGAGUACAGGGUAACUCAAGUAGAUGGACACUCCAGUAAAGACGACGUCCGCACUCUCCUGAAGGAUCUUAAUUUAUAUCUUGAAGAUAAAGUCUACCUUACAGGCUAUAACUUUACGUUAGCAGAUAUCCUGUUAUACUAUGGACUUCAUCGUUUUAUAGUUGACCUGACAGUUCAAGAAAAGGAGAAGUAUCUGAAUGUGUCUCGCUGGUUCUGUCACAUUCAACAUUGUCCAGGCAUCAGGCAACAUCUGCCCCGUGUCGUCUUCAUCAAGAACAGACUCUACACCAAUUCCCAUUAG